AGUGAGCUCAUUUAUGCAUAUGCUAAGAUUGAUAGGCUGGGUGAGAUUGAAGAGUUUAUUCUCAUGCCAAAUGUUGCCAAUCUCCCAAAUGUUGGCGAUCGCUUGUAUGAUGAAGCACUGUAUGAGGCAGCUAAGAUUAUUUUUGCUUUUAUCUCUAACUGGGCCAAAUUGGCAUGCACACUUGUCAAGUUGAAGCAAUUUCAAGGUGCUGUUGAUGCAGCACGUAAAGCUAAUAGCUCAAAGACAUGGAAAGAAGUUUGUUUUGCUUGUGUUGAUGCUGAAGAGUUUCGUUUGGCUCAGAUAUGCGGGCUCAAUAUCAUUGUACAGGUUGAUGAUCUGGAAGAAGUCAGUGAAUACUACCAGAACAGAGGAUGCUUUAAUGAGCUUAUAUCUCUUAUGGAGAGUGGUUUAGGAUUGGAACGUGCACAUAUGGGCAUCUUUACAGAGCUUGGUGUCUUGUAUGCUAGAUAUCGUUAUGAGAAGCUUAUGGAGCAUAUCAAAUUAUUCUCUACCCGUCUUAACAUUCCCAAGCUGAUCCGAGCAUGUGACGAACAGCAGCACUGGAAGGAACUAACUUAUUUGUAUAUUCAGUAUGAUGAGUUUGAUAACGCUGCCACAACUGUCAUGAAUCAUUCUCCAGAAGCAUGGGAUCACAUGCAGUUCAAAGAUAUUGUUGUCAAAGUUGCCAAUGUGGAGCUAUAUUACAAGGCAGUGCAUUUCUAUUUGCAAGAGCACCCUGAACUCAUUAAUGAUGUUCUGAAUGUCCUUGCCCUUCGUGUUGAUCACACACGUGUGGUGGACAUAAUGAGAAAGGCGGGCCACCUGCGUCUUGUUAAGCCAUACAUGGUUGCUGUUCAGAGUAAUAACGUGUCUGCUGUGAAUGAAGCUCUUAAUGAGAUAUAUGUGGAGGAGGAGGAUUAUGACAGAUUACGUGAAUCAAUUGACUUCCACGAUAACUUCGAUCAGAUUGGCCUUGCACAAAAGAUUGAGAAACAUGAGCUUCUUGAAAUGAGGCGUGUUGCAGCGUACAUUUAUAAAAAGGCCGGUAGAUGGAAGCAAUCCAUUGCAUUGUCAAAGAAAGAUAACCUUUACAAAGAUGCAAUGGAGACUGCUUCACAAUCUGGCGAUCGUGAACUUGCGGAAGAGUUGCUUGUUUACUUCAUUGAUCAGGGAAAGAAGGAAUGCUUUGCAUCAUGCCUCUUUGUUUGUUACGAUUUAAUUCGCGCCGAUGUUGCCCUGGAACUUGCAUGGAUGAAUAAUAUGAUCGACUUUGCCUUCCCAUAUCUGUUGCAGUUUAUCCGUGAAUAUACAGGGAAAGUCGAUGAAUUGAUCAAGGACAAAAUUGAGUCUCUUAAUGUAGAGAAAGCUAAAGAGAAUGAGGAGAAGGAUAUUAUUAAACAGCAGAAUAUGUAUGCCCAGUUGCUGCCUCUUGCUUUGCCUGCACCUCCUAUGCCGGGUAUGGGAAGUGCUGGGAUGGGAGGUGGGUUCAAUGCGCCACCCCCACCCAUGGGUGGAAUGGGUAUGCCUCCAAUGCCUCCAUUCGGCAUGCCACCAAUGGGAUCCUACUGACAUGUGGACAAUUUCAUUAAUGGAAAUUAGCAUUACUCUCGUUUAAAUGUAGUUCGACAAGAAGCAUAGCAUCAGUUAAGGGGUUUUUACUGUGUUUUCUGGUCUGAUUCAUACCCCUUUCGCUUUAAUCAGAAACUGUUGGCGGACAAACGGUCAUUGAUGGUAACAAAAAAUUGUCAUUUGGACCGUCUAUCAUAGCGUGGAUAUAUUUCUUUGCAAUAUUCUUUGGUAGCAAGUCAUUUUUGCAGCUGUAGGCGACAAGCUGAGGAGACUGUAUUUAGUAAAAGCAAAUGGACGAUUCGGAUGUGACAUUUUUCAAGAUUCAAUUUGUACCUGUUGGUUUUGCCUGUUUCAGUUCCCGUGGAUAUUAUCUAAUUCAGAUGCUUUUGUUUGUGGCUGUUCCUUUGCACGGCCAAAUGCUUAUGUACGAUAUUAAACUACUUUUAAUUUUGUUAUCGCUGAUAAAAAUCGUCUCUGCUUACCCUAA